AUGGCAGUCUUCCAUGCCAUGCUGCUGCAGCCACUGAAGAUGUUUCUGUGCCUCAGUCUGCAGCUUUCUUCUGCCACCUUUAUAAGGUACAGUAACACCUGCUUCACCUUUGAUGAAUAUUACACCAUCAUCCUAGACAUCAAGGCCAGUUCACAUAUCUACAAAAGCAAUGCAGUCUAUUCUGGAUUCGUUCCCGUGAAUGACAGCGUCUAUGCUGUGGUCAGGAAAGCCUUGGACAAGAACGGUGACUCAAUGGGCCUCUGGCAAAGAGCAGAUGAAAAUUGCUACAGCAACUCCACCUUGUACGUGAAAGAUCAAUACAUGACAGUCUUAGAGGCACAGUGGCAAGCUCCUAAAUCUGAGAACAUAACUGAAGUGGAGAUACAAGCUUUCACUGUCCAGACCAGAGCCCUGACUAUACUUUCUACUCUGAAGCUGACAGAAAAAGUGUCAACCUUAACCUUAGCUGUCAAGAUUCCCCAGAGCUCAGCCUUGAAGCCUUUCUUCUUGAUUACGCCCAAGAGUAUCAGACUCGAAAGCUUGGCCAACCGAGUCUUCAGCAGCCCCAUCACAGAUGCCAUUUAUAUCCUGCGCUUUCUCACCAGCACACUUCUCUUCUAA